AUGAAUUCCUCAGUAAUCGGUAUACAUGCCCCGGCGGUCAUUGCACUGUCGCCGACGCUUUUAGAUGUUCUAUCAUCGGCAUCAUGGAAACAGAUCCUGAUCUCUGCGGGUGUGCUCUAUGUCACCCUAUGCCGGGUGUCCCGCUACCGCCGCGAACAUGCCUUCCGUAAGCAAAUGGGCUUCACGGACCGCGCCUCGCUCGCGCGCAUGACGACCGUCAAUGCCCAGAAGAUCAUCAUGUUCUUGGCUAAGUGGGAGAUGCCGCUCUUCCAUUUUUUGAGUUUGGAAUUUGGGCUAUUCAAGACAUAUGGCGUUGAGAGCGUAAGCCGCCUACUCUUAGCCACCGGAAACUUGACGGAUCCAGUUCGGAGUCUCAAGAGAUUCGAAGACACCACUGCCUUGAUUGGCGAAUUCUUAAACAACCCUCCGACCACCGAUCGGGCCUCGCAAGGAAUUGCUCGUAUGAAUUUUCUACAUAGCAAAUAUGUCAAGGAGGGUACCAUUUCCAACUCCGACCUGUUGUACACACUGUCCGUAUUCGUAACGGAGCCGCCACGAUUUGCACGUCUGUACGAGUGGCGGCCCAUGAACGACAUGGAGUAUUGCGCCUACGGCGUAUUUUGGAAGAGUGUUGGUGACGCAAUGGGUAUCGAGUACAAAGGUUUCCUAGCUCGCGCCGAGUCAGGAUGGCGCGACGGUACCGAAUUCGCCGACGAUAUUGCAGCUUGGGCGCAAGCUUACGAAGUCGUCGCCAUGAAGCCCAGUAAAGUAUGCGCGAAGCCAGCAAGAGCUUUAAUACCUAUGAUGACAUACUGGGUUCCGUGGUUUGCCAAACCUUUCGCGACGGAUAUCGUUAUUAGUCUUAUAGGUGGGAGGGUACGUGAGGCUUUUAUGCUAUCUGAACCCGACAUCGCGACAAUUAUGAUUACCUACACCCUUCUCACUCUUCGCCGAUUCGCCCUUCGAUACUUAAUGCUCCCACGAUUCUUCGAAAAUAAGCUAGGAGGCGAUCCAGAUCCGCAGACGGGUCGCAUUAAGCAGCGAAAUCCAUACGGGAACUAUCCGUAUUACGUCGAGCCGACAUUCUGGAAUCGCUGGGGUCCCGUGGCUUGGGCUAUCUGGUUGUAUGGUGGAAAGGUUCCGGGUGAUGACCCCGAAGAGUACAUGCCUCAAGGGUACCUAAUUUCAGACCUCGGUCCAAGAAAUCGUAUGGGAUUAGGUAUUGAAGAGGUCAAGACUGAUUCCCAGAGAAUUAAGAGUAGCAAGUGGACAGGAUGCCCCUUUUAG